CAGGUGACGACUUUACCAUUGACGUGAAGUGCGACAGAGACCAAAUCAAAGUCAUGUUACACAUCAAAUCUCACCUCAAUUACGAUCCAGAAACCGUCCACCUCAACGACGCAUCUUGCAAACCUUCCUUCCAAAACAGCAGCCACAUAUUUAUCAAAUCAACGCUCGAAGGAUGUGGAAUGAUAUGGAAUGUCUCGCAAGACGGUAAAAUGCUUAUUUAUCGCAACGCUAUAACAGCCCUUGUGAAGGGCCGAGGCUCCUUGGGUUUGCAUGCGUCACGUGACUACCUGGCCGUGUUUGAAUUCCAAUGUCGUUACCAGAAGACAGCGUUGUUAUCCGUAAUCUCAUUCAGUCCGUCGGAAAUAUUGGUGAUCAGUGACAUACAGUCGUUUGGAAAUUUCACGUUCGAGAUGAACCUAUUCAAAACCGGAGAUUUCCGUGAGCAUUACACAGAAUACCCUGUUGGACCAGUAGACGUAGGAACAGACAUUUUUCUUCAGGUGGCAGUGAAAUCAAAUGAUACUGGAGUUAUUGUGUUUGUGGAUGAGUGCAAGGCGACAGCCACACCUAAUUAUGAUGAUGAGAUGCAGUUCGUUUUCUUAGAGGAUGGGUGUCCCAAGGACAACAAUCUUCGCUAUAACUACACCUUGUCAUCUGUUCAGCGUUUCAUCAUGGGCGCGUUUCACUUCCGCCCCGUAAAGUCAGAAGAAAUCUUCCUCCAUUGUUUAGUGUUGGCCUGUCUUCAUUCUGAUGAGUCUUCGCGCUGCGCGAAAGGAUGUCCAUUCGAAAAGAGGAAAAGGCGAGUCACGGAAGAAAAAGUUGAACAACAUCUGGCUGUGGGACCCAUAAUUGUUUCUUCCUCCCAACCAAAAGAGCCUUCAGUGUCAUCCUCACCUAAAGACGACACCACCGCCAUAGCCGUAGUGGCAGGAGUUCUCGGCUUCGCCGCCUUUUUUCUUGUGGUAGCCGUGAUAAUUAUUCUUUGCAAGCCCCACAGGACACCCAACGUGACUGGAGCGACCAUUACUCUACUAGUACGAAGCAAUGAUCCAGGACCGAGCUGAAAUGGAAUCCAAUGAAUUUAUAAUUUUCUCGGAUUCGGUCCUCGAUCCUCCCGUGAAGUUCCUUCCGGGAAGUACCGGUGCAUUUUUCGAAAAGUGGCUGAUAAUCAAGACUAAAUUUAGAACACUGCAGUAAAACGUUGGGCAUGCGCAAAGGAUCAAUUUUUGGCCGCACACGCGCCAAUUUCCCGCGCAAAAUUUCUAAGGAAAACAAUACGCCCAAAACAUUGACAAAUAAUCAAAACAAUUGAACUUUCAUGGACUCAAAGAGAGAAAAAUAGAACUCAUAAAUUUUUUAACAAGUGCGUUAUUGAUUUAGCGUUUUGUUUUAAGCUUUAUCGAAGA